CCCUGUUAUUCAUCGUGAGGUGGACCAGCUGUCGCCUGGCAGCCGAGAGCAGACAGAUGCGAGGACGGAGACGGCCAGUCGGUCCAACAGAAGUGCCACAUAUUCAAACUAAACUAAGCAGAGCCAGGUUUGGGUCAUGGCUAAAGACCCGCUGGCAGAGGCUGGCCUUCAUUUCGAUGAACUCAACAAAUUACGGGUACUUGAGCCCGACGUAAGCCAGAAAACCACAGAACUCAAGGAAGAAUGCGAAGAUUUUGUUGACAAGAUUGGGCAGUUUCAGAAAAUCGUAGGUGGCCUUAUUGAACUUGUAGAUGAGCUAGCAAAAGAAGCCGAAUCCGAGAAGAUGAAGGCCAUAGGUGCAAGAAAUUUGUUAAAAUCUGUUGAAAAGCAACGAGAAGCUCAACAGCAACAGCUUCAAGCUCUGAUCGCAGAGAAGAAAAUGCAGCUAGAAAGGUAUCGAAUAGAAUAUGAAGCUCUUCAGAAGGUUGAAGCUGAGCAGAAUGAAUUCAUUGACCAGUUUAUACUGCAAAAAUAAGAUCCCACUUAUCUACAACAUCCUGUCUAUUAAACAAGAAAAUGAUGCUGUGCAUCUGAUUCACAAAGACUGGGUCCCAAACUACUGUAGGUUAAUUAAAUCAACCAGUUAAAGGUGACAACAGAUUUACAGUUUUCAACAUCGUUUCGGCUUCAAUCUCCGUCUCUCUAUUGUUAACAUUAGUGCUUUUGCUUGGCCACAUCCUCCUAAAGGCGCAGUUGUAAUCUUUCCAACCUUAGAUGAAUACUAUUUAUAUAUAUGUUAUUUAUACUAUUUAUACAUAAAUGUACUUAAUUUGUACAUUUGAUCUUUUUUACGAUAGUAAAAAUACAGUAUUUGCAUGUUACUGUAAAUAAUUCCAUCUUGGUACACAUUACUGUAAAUGUUGUUUUUUCCGUAUGAUUUGCAUUUUACUGCUGUUUGUGACUUGAACCCAGCAACAGUUUUACUUGAUUAUAUCUUCAUGGCAUUUUUAUUGUUUGUUCAAGGGACCACACCAAAAAAUAUUUUGCAUAGUACAUGCAAAAUUUCUUAACUUUGUACAACCAAACAGUGCUUUCAUGUAUUAUUCGUUUACAUUUACCUGUUUAGAUCAUUAGGUGUGUCUCAAAUUUUGGCACUUCAUAAAUAUGUGAAGUACAUUUGAAUAAAAAUAUGUUUUGAAUUUA